UUUAUGUAGCAUGAGAAAAGAGUUUCUGAUAUUAACACGGUAGCAAGUGUGUUGUAAUCAAUCAGGUCGGUUUCUUCACGUUGAAGUAGAGGCAGAAAGUAGAGGAAGGAGACAGCCAUGAAAGGAUCAAAAGGUUUGCAAAGACAGAAGAAGAUUUAUCUGACAAAAAGACUGCUCCCCCUUUAUCUUAUUUCUAUUUAGAUCCCCCACCUUUCAACCGCAAAGCUUUCAUCUUUUUUCUUUCUGCAACACAACAUGUUUUGUUUUAGCUGUGUCUGGUUUGGACGAUGGUUUUAAACUACCCUAAACAAGUCUUGCAUGGCGAACCAUCAUCUUCCUUACGAAAACGGAAUGAAUGUUUCCACAAGUUUCAUCAACCAAGAAGAGCCAGCCCUUGAUUUCCGAGAGCUAGAAGAAGCCAUUGUCAUGCAAGGAAUGAAACCAAGAGAUGAAGAAGAAGAAGAAGCUAAAACAACAGGCAGAACUGCAGCAGGAGCUACUUUGAAGAUGUUCCCUUCUUGGCCUAUCAGAUUUCACCAUACCCCUAUUGGGAGUUCAAAAUCAGGAGGAGAAAGUACAGUUUCUUUUUCUUCUUCAUAUCAUGAAGCUUUUGACCAACACCAUCUUCAUCAUCAUCAACAACAACAAGAGAUGGCAAGUGAUCCUUCAACAACACUGAUUCAAUCAUCAGAUGCCAUUGCAAAAAAUCAGCAAGACAAGAAAAAGGCUUCAACUUCUGAGAAACAGCUUCAUGCCAAGACACUAAGGCGUUUAGCUCAAAACAGAGAAGCUGCACGCAAAAGCCGUCUUAGAAAAAAGGCAUAUGUUCAACAACUGGAAUCAAGUAGAGUAAAGCUAACUCAACUUGAACAAGAACUUCAGAGAGAAGGAUCUCAGGGAAUUCUAUUGGCAAGUAAUGGUGGUGCUGCUGGAAAUAUGAACUCUGGUGUGGCAAUAUGUGACAUGGAAUACGCAAGAUGGUUAGAAGAUGAUGAGAGGCAUGUGUCGGACCUUCGUACCGGGUUACAUUCCAACCUCUCCGACUCUGACCUUCGAUUAAUUGUUGACGCUUACAUUUCCCAUUACGAUGAAAUCUUCCGGUUGAAAGGAAUGGCUGCCAAAUUAGAUGUUUUUUACCUUUUAUCCGGAAUGUGGACCACUCCGGCGGAGCGAUGGUUCCUUUGGAUGGGCGGUUUUAGGCCGUCUGAGCUCAUCAAGAUGUUAAUAUCACAAUUGGACCCGCUAACGGAACAGCAACUGGUGGGGAUUUACAGCCUCCAGCAUUCGUUGCAGGAGGCGGAAGAGGCACUCACUCAAGGCCUGGAACAGCUCCAGCAGUCUCUAAUAGACACGGUUGCCAGCGGUCUGGUCGUCGACGGAAUGCAACAAAUGGCUGCUGCAUUAAACAAGCUGGCCAAUCUUGAAGGCUUCGUUCACCAGGCCGACAACUUAAGGCAACAAACCCUACACCAACUGCCCCGGAUACUAACAGUCCGGCAGGCGGCAUGGUGUUUUCUAGUGACCGGCGAAUACUACGGACGGUUACGAGCGCUUAGUUCUCUUUGGGCAUCCCGUCCAUGAGGGAGGUUGAUGGGUGAGGAACAGUCAUGGCAAACAACAGAGUCGCAAAUGGUACAACCAUCACAGAGCCAAUUCUCACACUUUUGAUGAUUUAAUAAUGAAAACGAUAUAUGCAGCCAUGCAAAUUGGACUAUAUAUGUGUUAUAUAUUUCAUCAAAGCUGCCUUUUGAGUUUAGAGGAGAUGGGACUUUCUUUU